GAAACAUUCUAAGGGGGUAUGUCUUGGUUUUCAAAUUUCAAUCGGAUUUAUUGAAAAAUGGGUUGGCAUUGCAUAAGAUUCAACCACUGUAAAUGUGGUAAUGCGUGAUAUUUAUGAACGAUAAUUGACUGGUAAAAGAUGGUCAACUAAGUACGACUUCGCUGGAUCAUAAAUCCUAAAACCCUGGUUGGAAACGGUAGAGCAGAGGCAUAGGAGACAGAGAGAGAUGGAGAUUUGGGCUCAAAAACUUUAUUCAGACCAACUUCGGCGACGACUAUGUUGUCCAAAUUGUCACCAAGUAAUUCUUCCCCUUUCAAUCAAUUGUUUCUAUCUGAAUUUUGAACCGAAGGGAUGAUUGGUCUCUAAUGGCGGUGUCACAAUCAACGAACACACUGAAGCUUUACUCGCCAGUUACCCGUCAGUAUUAUGGUGAAUGUAAAGGUCACUCUGGAACAAUAAACCGUAUAUGUUUUUCCGCUCCAUUUACUCCACAUGUUUUGCACUCUUGUUCUUCUGAUGGUACGAUCAGAGCUUCGGACUCGAGAUCUAUCCAUCAGGAGAUCUUCAGCUUCUCAUUUGGAGGAUCCACUGAUAAUCUUCUUGCUUUUGGAUGUAAUUCACAGGUUUUGCUGGUAUUUAACUGUAAUUUACCACUACUUGUUGUAUUGGGGACUGGAAGGAUGGAAAGAAUGAAGCUUUGAAAAUGCUCGUCAUUACUCAUUAUCCUCUGACAGUUGGACACUAGAUCAAGUAAGUUUCAUCACCUAAAAGAAUUAUGCUCGUCUUAGAAGACUGGUAGAAGCAAAACUUCAUGCACAAAUACCUUUUUGUGCUUAUUCUAUUACUACUAGAUGCAUCAUUAUCAUGAGGUUGAAUCACUGCUGUUGGAAGUAUCCCGAAGUCUACUCUCUUGGGCAAAUUGCUGUGAAGAAUGAGAGUUCAUAUCAACUUCAAAAACAACAAGAUUUUGUUCAAGAUAGCAUUCCCUUAUCCAGUUGCCCACCUGAUUUGACAGGUUGACUAUUUCGAUGAUCCUCACUAUUCAGAGGACUCUGGGAAUUUAUGGGUUAUUGGUGGUUGGGGUGAGAAAAAAACCAAUCUGGAACCGGAACUGUUGGGUACCGAACUUUUGGUUUCAGUUCCUACUCGGAACAGGCUUACCAUGGGUAGGUUCCGGUUCUGUGCCCUAAAAAACCGGAACAGAUUCAUUGUAAGCUUUGUAAGAUAUAUUUAAGUAACAACAAUCAGCUGCUUCAAAUUAAUGACCUUCGGCUCUUGAUCACAUAACAGGGACUGUAUGAAAGCAUAAAAUUAAAAGUAGAACAUGUGUUGAGACUGGAAAAGUAAGCGAUGAGUACAUCAAUGGAGAUGAAGAAGUGAGGCUUUUAAAAAAUGGACCGACGGGUUUACUCGUCAAGAUCAUCCCACUGUUAUUCAGGUUCAUUUGCAUUCAACUACCUGAUCAAAACCACCUGUAUUUCCAUACAUUAAUUUGUUCUCAGUCUGACACAUUGUACAUCAACAUGUCUUAUUAGAGAAUAGCAAAGACAGAGACGUUACUGGGGGUUUUUCUUGCCCAAUCUCGUGUAUGGUUCCAGGCAGAAAGGCAAGACUUCAUGCGACAAUUUUAAAGGUGGUGCCCUCAAAAAACCGAAAGCAGCCGGUUCCAUCCCCAAAUGCAAAUGUAAUUUGAGAAGAGGAUUAUAAUAACCUAGACCUAAGGCUUAAUAUUAAUCUUCAAUCAUUAGUUUUAUUCAAAAUUUUAAAUCCAAAAGAUAUGUUUUUAAAAAAAAUUUAAACUUUUUGUAAAACACAGGUUCCGGGUAAGAAUCGGAACCUACAGGUUUGGUUCCAGAUAGGAAUGGAUCUUGUAGGUUCUAAGUUCCAAUUACUAUUUUUCAGAACCGGCUGGUUAUGGUUUUGGUUCCUGUUUCCUAGAUUUUUAUAGGCAUCCAGAUCUAUUCACCCCUAAUUGGUGGUACAGGUGCUGGUACAGUAGCAACUAUGAUGGAGUGGCAACAAUAGGUUCUGCAGAACAGUUCUUGGGGGUGCACAUAUUGCAGUUGUUCGGGGCAAGUUGCCAACGCCAAGUAUGCGGAGUAGGCCUGCCCAGAGCCAUGGUAAUUUUGGAUCGAUGAAUAGUGAGGACGGCCGCUUAUGUUGCCGGCUGUCUGAUGCUUCUGUAGAGAGAAAUAGAUCCUGGAUUUCGGGUUCAAUGGUUAUGAGGUCACCUACUACUAGCGAGGAAAACAGACGUAAUCCUUGCUGACAAAUUUCAGUUAAUUAAUGUACAAGGUUCUGUGUUUGUUUCUUUUUUUUUUUUCAAGCUUGCUAGCUACUUAACUUAAUGGGUGCCAUCCUGUAUUCGUUGGAAUUAGUGAAGAGCUUUUUCUGGUAA